UACGGACUUUUGGCCACUAGAAGCCUCUAUCAUUCUCUAUGGUGAUGAUACGUUCAUUGGUGACGACCUUGGAUAUCCACUGCAAGCAUGGCGAAUAAAGAGCCUAGCCGGUUCCUGACAAACCUGAGGGACCUGGCCAGUCGUAUGUCUGGCGCGGGGGGCAAGGGAGCAGGAAUAGGUCUCAAGCUGCUCAUUGGGGCUGGAGCUCUGGCCUAUGGCGUCAAAGAGGCUACAUUCACAGUGGAUGGAGGUCAGAGAGCGAUCAUCUUCAACAGAAUCGGGGGGAUGCAGAUGGACACAGUGCUGGCUGAGGGACUGCACUUCAGGAUACCAUGGAUCCAGUACCCCAUCAUCUAUGACAUCAGAGCCAGGCCCAGGAAGAUUGCUUCACUAACUGGAAGCAAAGAUCUGCAGAUGAUAAACAUUGGGCUGCGUGUGCUGUCCCGUCCUGUGGCCGCCAACCUGCCCGCCAUGUACCAGCAGCUGGGGAAGGACUAUGACGAGAGAGUACUACCCUCCAUCGUCAACGAGGUGCUGAAGAGCGUGGUGGCCAAGUUCAAUGCCUCGCAGCUCAUCACUCAGAGAGCACAGGUGUCAUUGUUGAUUCGCCGAGAGCUGUUUGAGAGGGCCAAAGACUUCAACAUUAUCCUGGACGACGUGGCCAUAACAGAGCUGAGCUUCAGCAGAGAGUACACUGCUGCCGUAGAGGCCAAACAAGUUGCCCAGCAGGAGGCCCAGAGAGCCCAGUUCUACGUGGAGAAAGCCAAACAAGACCAGAGACAUAAGAUUAUCCAGGCAGAGGGAGAGGCAGAGGCUGCCAAGAUGUUGGGACAAGCAGUGACAAAGAAUCCUGGAUACCUGAAGCUUCGACGAAUUAGAGCUGCCCAGGCCAUUGCUAAGACGGUGGCAACGUCCCAGAACAAAGUGUACCUUUCCGCAGACAACCUUGUCCUUAACCUUCAAGAUGACUCUUUUAACAAUCUAUCACUGGGAAAGAGGUAGGUUGUUGAAGGCUCUAGCAUUCCACCUGUCUGAAGCUCCAUCCACAGCUAAAACCAGUCGGUCUCUCUGUCCACCUGCCUAUAUCUCUGAUUGUAUCUCCAAGUGGCUUACCGACUCACUGGAGAAGACUCUAAAGCAUCGGAUUGCUGUGUGUAUGACAUGGAUAGGGUCAGGCGGAACCUGCAGCGAUAUAAUAUCUUCAUGCUCCCCUCCAGAAAAGAUCUGAAAUCAAUAAUGUUUGUGGGAUCAAACCAAAUAGCACUAGACUAUGAGACAUAAUUGGCUGCUUUUGUUAUUAAUAAGUUGUGCAGAUGAUGCUGUAAUGAUAUAAAUAAGGAACCCUACUUGUUCUGUCUGGCCCUAGAUGUGUACAUGUGUUUUGAGGACAGCAGGACUAGACUCUUGGUGGAUCAAAUGUGUCAGAGUGAAAUUGGACAAAGGCUGCACUGGAAUGGUGUGUGUAAAAAAUACAAAUAAAAUACAAAUAAAAAAAUAUUUUAAGAUGUGCUUGUGGAAUGAAGGUGAA